AUGCGGGAAUCACAACAACGUAAUACAUUUUCAUUUACUGAGGAUGGAAUUCAAGAGGAAUUUGGAGUCAAUCAUGUUGGACACUUUCUUUUUACUAAAUUGUUAUUACCAAAUAUUAAAGCUUCACAACCAUCUCGUAUAGUUAAUCUUAGCAGUAUUGGUCAUACAAUUGCUCAGGGUGGAAUUGAAUUCGAGAAAUUAAAUGAUCCAAAUGCACAGGAUUCGAUGCAGCGUUAUGUACAAACAAAACUUGCAAAUAUUUUAUUUACUAACGAAUUAAAUAAACGAUAUCUUGAAGGAGAACGAGUAUAUGCUAACUCUCUUCAUCCAGGUCUCGUGGAUACCAAUAUGUUAAGAAGAAACGAUAUAUCUCUCCCAGAAAAUUAUGUUUCUUCUGCAAUUUCACCUGAAGAUGGAGCUAUUACUACCUUAUAUUGUGCUACCAGCCCAGAAAUAGAAGAGAAAAAUUACCGCGGAAGGUAUUUUGAUCCAUAUGGUAUAGAAGGUGAAAAAUCUUCAUACGCUAAAGAUGAUGAUUUGGCCAAAAGACUUUGGGAAUUUACGGAGAAUUUGAUAAGCGAAAAAUUAUUGCAAAAAUAA